AUGAAACUUUUCGCCGCUACAGUCGCCGCCGCCGUGGCACAGGGAUUCAAAAGAUCGAGCCAGCAGAUUGAGGAGACUUUUGUCAUCGUCCCAGAAGGAUAUGGAGGAAGCUUCGAAGGAUUCAACGCCACUCAAGUCGUCCUCGAAAACGCCGAAGACGAUCUCUUCCGAGAAUUCGAAGACGAGUUUUACGCCGUCGAUAUUGAUCAAAUGAGCCGAUCUCAAUUUACAGAGGAAGAAAAGAAAAUGAUCCGAAAGUUCAAGCUCAUCAAAAACAUGAUUGUCUACCUCCAGCAGAUCAAGCUCUUCGGAAAGUUCUGCUUCUACGGCUGCUACUGUUUCGCCAAGGGCCCAAGAAAUCUCCUUGUCCCAGGAGGAAACACUGCUCCCAUGGACGGUGCUGAUUCGGCUUGCAAACGACAUCUUCAAUGCAACGAGUGCUCGAAAUUGGACUUCGGCGAGACCUGCUCCGCAACUGAUCCUUACAACUUCAUCGCUAAGCAAGAUGAAGUCACUGGAAUCGCAUGGAUCCAGUGCGUUGAUGAAGAAGGCUCCUGUGCCCGAGCUCUUUGCGAGUGCGACAAAGCUCUUGCCUACGAUCUCUCCGAUGCCGAACGCGAGUGGAACAUUCUCCAUCACGCCAAGUGGGGUAACUUCGAUCUCGAGAUGAACUGCGUUCGAGUCGGAGGUGGUGGAGCUGACAGAGGCGAACGAUUCAACGAGCCUUCUGCCAUGGAAUGCUGCGGAAAAUACCCAAGACGAUACCCAUUCCGCGCUGACGACGGCUACGGAAACAUCAAGCAGUGCUGCGUCUCCGACACCGGCUACGGCAAGAGCUACAACCCAAUGCGACUCGAAUGCUGCGCCCGCGACGGCAGCUUGAAGGGCAUCGGCUCCUGCGACGAAUAA